GAGACAAUAGUGGCUGCAUCUCUGGAUUAGUUGACGGGGGUUGGAGCAGGAAAGGAGGGGUGAAUCCUCUUUGAGGAAGAGACCGAGAGCAUGCUCAGUCCUGAGAGAGACAGGCUACUGGUGCACACAUGUACCUUCCCUGUGAUGAGCUUUCUACUUUUACGAACACCCCAUGUGAGGAUAUGAACAAGGAGAUGUUGAUGAUUUGAUAAAUUCACUUUUGGACAUUGAACAGAUUAGUACAAAGGAUGCACUAAAGAAGCUCUGCUUUUGGGGAUGAACUUUGAAACGAUGGCUGGAUUUUGCAGCUGCUUUGGGGGCAGAAAUUAAGACAUGAAACGUCGGACGUCAUCGCAGAACUCUGCCGUUGGAGGCAGUCCAAGUGAUUGUGACAUCAUGGCCUCGGGAUCUCCAGACAUCACAAUCUCUACUGAACCAUCAGAAGCUGCAGAAGAGUGUUCAGGGAAAAAGAAGUCCAAGUUCCAGACGUUCAAGAAUUUUUUUGUAAAGAAAAAGAGGAAGGAAAGUCCUGCACCUUCGAGUGAAAGUGGUUUGAAGGCCAGUCAAUCGAGUGAUGACGUCAACACCUCAGAGCCAACCAUCAGCCACGCCAACAGCAGCAAUGACCACGGAUCCAAGAUGAACUUGGGAAGCAAAGCCAUGUCACAUGAUAGUGUCUUCGUGUCGGAUUCACCCUCAUCAGAGACUAAUGAGGGUCUGGGGGCGUCCCAAGACAACAUUCAUGGGAAAGUGAAAUCUCUUCAGCUCCAGCUGAAGCAGGCGAUUCGUCUGGGCUCUCCACAAUCACUCCUGUGCGGGAGGAAAGGAGAGCAUGCAGGGGCUCUUUCUGAAGAUGAUGGUCUUCCCUGCAACCCCCCGGACUACUCCAGCCUCCACCCUGUGCUGGCCACACCUCCUCAAACAUCGGUGGAUUUGACCCAGAGUUCCUUGAGCAUGGAGGCUUCAGACAGUGAAGAUGAUCAGAUGUCUUGUGAAGCUUCUUCAAGACCUGGCACACCUCAGGGCUCCGUCCUGGUAGACUUCAGUUUGCCCGCCAGCUCCAUCUCCUGCUUAGACAGCUCAGCUGCACAUCACCGCAUCGCUGUCAAAGCCAACGCUUGUGUCAAGAGAAAGCCUGUCAGCAAGCAAAUAUUGGACAAAAGAAGAGACCUGAGAGAAAAAGUGCUACUCAGAGACACAGAGGACAAACUGCGGAUGAUGGUCACAGCUACUGAAGAAGAACAGAAAAAUUUUCCCGGAGAACAGGUGAAUGAUUCAGACGGGGAGUCAUUUGCUUCUGAACAAGAGGAAGAGGAAGUGACUGACUCCGGCCAGUGUCAGAAAACUUCUCCAACAUCCUCCAUUUCAGCCGGGGACUUCCCUGAAGGAGAGGAUCAUCACAUCCCCAAGUCUGAGGUCCCAGAAUCCUCUUGGGAGAGUCCAGUAACACUCGAGCUGCAGGCUGAAGACUUCCUGUUGGACACAGGAUGUGAGGUCAUUCCUGAGAAGCAGGGGUCAUUGCUGGAGGAAGUGCUGAGCUCCCUGAAGAGCCCUCUUGCAUCAGGACUAGCCCUGGAGCAUGAGAACAUGCUUCUUCAGAGAGAGGUGGAAUACAUAAAUAGUGAGAGCGCAGUUUCUCGGCUUGAGGAAGACAACAAAGAUCUUCUCGAUUCCUCGGAGCCUAUGGUGACCCCCGAGGAGAAGGCUCCUCUGCCAGACUCGCUUUCAGAGGAAGAGGAGCAGCUGGAGGUGCCAGAGUCUGCUGAUGUACAGACACAAGCAGACGAGGAAGACCAAGAGUUAGGAACAUCACCAAACGCUUUCGCAGUAAAUGUGACCGAACAAGAUGAAGAUGCGGUUGAGGAUGAAGCUGAAAUGGAGAUCGAAUCCCAAGACGCUGGAGAUGAAGAUGAUGAAAUGACGGCGGUGGAACCUGAGAAAAGGGAGGACUCUACUGAUGAUGUUGGAGGUCAGACAGAUUCUCUAGAGCCUGAGAAAGAAGAGACUUCAGGGGACCAAAGAGAAUCAGCUGUGGAGAACGUUCCUGAAUCUGAUCCCACAGUCAGAGAUGAUGAGGUCAGUGAUGAGCCUGAAGCCUCUGAAGCUCCACCUGUCGAGGUCUUUCUGUCGACUGUGUGUCCUGUGCUAGAGAGUCCGCUUCUCCAUUCUCAGUUCUCCGAUGCAUUGAUGUCUCCUGUGGAACAGGAAGAGGAGCCUGAGUCCGACAUGCUUGAUGUGUCUGGUGAGCCUCAGGACGUGUCUUCAGAAGACCUUGAGGUCGUUUCUGAGCAGCAAGACCAGCAAGUUUUUGAGUCGCCUACAGGAGAACUGGGGAGAAUCUCUGAGGUUGGACCUCGGUUCACCAUCACCCCUGCGUGGCAAAGGUCAAUGACUUCUGAAGGCGCCCAAGAACAGUCCCAGACCACUUCACCGGUGCCACCAGAGACUGAUGCUUCUGAUGAACCUCCACAAACAUCUGAACUCAUCACUCCUGUAAAAGAAGAACUGCCCAAAGCAGCCCGAGCUCAGAGUUCCCCAGCAGAGACGAGCCCAGAGAACCCGUUUGGAGUGCGUUUGAGAAAGACUCCAGUCCCGCACCGCUUUGGUUUAGAUGGAGAAUCAGCUUGGACCCCCGUGCAGUCUUCAGGGGCGCAGGAGACCCCGGACCGUGAGCAGAGCAGCAGGAAGCCCAUCCUGCCAAAGAAGCCCGAUCUGUUAUUAGACACUGUGAUGUCGGCCAGGAAAAACCCAGACACCGUGGGAAGAAUAUCUGUCGGUAGCACCGAGUCUCCGAGCUGGAUCUCUGUGGCCAGACAGAAGCAGAGGAACUUCAUCGAGAACUCGCCAGAAAACUCUCCAGAGAAACUUCCCGCGCAGGGGGACGUUAAAAGCCAGGAUUCUCCAUCCACUUUAUCAAAUCCAAUCGUUAAAGAACAAUUGACACAGCCGUGUUCACCUUUACAAGUGUUCUGCUCCCUUGAACUGAACAACUCAUCCAUGGUUGAGAAGGAAAAUAAGAGAAGUGCUAACCCGUCCGCUGCACCCCUGGCCCAAGAUGAGCCUCCCUGGCUGGCUCUCGCUAAGAAGAAGUCCAAAGCGUGGAGCGAAAUGCCCCAGAUUGUUCAGUGAGAAGCCCAGCUGGCAUAUCGACUGCAUAAUCCUCCUCUAUAUUUACAUACACAUGAACAAAACUUUGCUUAAUCAGCCCAGUGUCAUUUAUGUUUUUUGACGUCAUAAAGGAGACGGAUGCACAGUAGACCGGGGCUUAUGGGUAAUACGUUGCAUUUGUAAUUUGGUUUGCAACAAAAGACAUUUACAUUUUUUUCAAACAGACACAGGUCAGAGUUCAGAAUGCUUCAAACUGAGGAAAAACAUCCUAACAAGUUUUGCAUACAAAAAGAAAAAAAAAUGCAAAAAAAUUUGAAGAUGAGCCGCCGUCAAAGCUGUGUUUUUAUUAAGGGCUGCUCUUUAUUAAGUAACUUCGCUAUGUUCUGUUAUAGUCUUUAACGUUAGUAACACAGUUAUCAUGAAUGGAGCUGAAGGUGUCUUUGUAUUUAUUUAUCUCACUCUUGUAUGUUUUAUGUAUUUUUGUAUUUACGUGCACAGUUUUGUGACUUGUACAUAAAAUUUGAAGUACAAAUAAUCAAGAAAAAUAAUAAAAAUGGAGCCAUGCUUAUUUUGUCCAUCCACCGAAA